GGCGGGUUUAGAGGAGUGACCAGCUGGGAUACUGGGAUGCAAUGUGUGUGAGCCUAAGGAAUUGAAGGUAAAGAGUCAGAGCCCAAAUUGCCAAGAAUCAAUUUCCGACCUCGGGCUAGCACUGUGUGGAGUCACGUGGUGCAGACUCGUCUGCAGAGCCCGCGGCCGGGGUGUUGCGGGACCCGUGAACUCCCCUAAGCCACAGGUGCCAGGCGGGCGCGUCCUGGGAGAGUCAGCAGUCGGCAGCGCAGCGGCGGGAACCGCAGCCUGGGGACCCGGGAACCUCCCAGGGCUCACUGAUCACCCAGAACUGCUCACCUGUGAAGCGCAACAAAGAGACCUGGAAGAUGGAGAGGGAGGAGACAGUAGCUAAGGAUCCAGGGCCACAAGCUGGCUAUCCAUUGUUCUUCAAAGAGAAAAUCAAAGAAGAAAAACAGAAAAAAAUGGCUGAUUCUCCAUUAAUCAUGUCCCAGUGUCUGUUGACAUUUGGGGAUGUGGCUGUGGAUUUCCCUCAGGAGGAGUGGGAAUGCCUGGACUCUGCUCAGAGGGCUUUGUACAUUGAUGUGAUGUUGGAGAAUUACAGCAACCUGGUCUCUGUGGAGAACUAUUGCAUAUGCGAUACUGUCUGUCAACACGUGAGGACCGAAAAGGAGUCUUGUCAGUGUAAUGAGCUUGGUGAAAUGCUUCAUGAACCCUCCAACUCUGCACUUUAUAAAAGAAGUGACACUACAGAAACCUCUAAUAACGACAGAUGCUGUAAGGACAGGGAUGACUCUGUUGACUCAUCAAACCCAGAUCUACAUAAAAGGAUGCACACUGGAAAAGAACUUUGCAAAUCUGAAGACUGUGAGAAAUCUUUCAGUUUGUGUUCCAACAUUAGUGAAGAUCAGAGACUCUAUAUUGGAAACAAACUGCAGAGUCAUGGAGAAUAUGAUGACAAUUUUAGCUCUGCAUACAGUCUCAUGCAACAAACAAUCUAUAUUGGAGAGACACCACACCAAUGUGAGAAAUGCAGGAAAUGCUUCAGUACUGCCUCAAGCCUCACUGUACACCAGAGAAUUCAUACUGGAAAGAAACCCUACAAGUGCAACUUUUGUGACAAAUCCUUUACCCAGUGCACAAAUCUUAAAACACAUCAAAGACUUCAUACUGGGGAGAAACCUUACAAAUGCAGAGAAUGUGGAAAGUCAUUUCCUCAGUUGUCAGCACUUAAAAGCCAUCAGAAAAUGCAUACUGGAGAGAAGCCUUACAAGUGCAAGGAGUGUGACAGAUGCUUUGCUCACUCUUCCAGUUUCAGGAGACAUCAGAAAAUCCAUAAUGCUGAGGAGUAUUAUACUUGUCAACAAUGUGGCAAAGUCUUGCAUCAGCUUUCCCACCUUAGAAGCCAUUACAGACUCCAUACUGGAGAGAAGCCUUACAAAUGCAAGGAGUGUGACAGGUCCUUUACCCACUAUGCAUCAUAUAGAAGGCAUCAGAAGACUCAUUCUCUAGAGAAUUUUUACAAAUGCAACGAAUGUGGUAAGUCCUUUCUUGAAUUAUCACAUCUUAAAAGGCAUUACAGAAUCCAUACUGGAGAAAAGCCUUACAAAUGUGAGGUGUGUGACAAAUCCUUUACUGUUAAUUCUACUCUUAAAACACAUCAGAAAAUUCAUACUGGAGAGAAACCUUUUAAAUGUAGGGAAUGUGAUAAAUCUUUUACCAAGUGCUCACAUCUUCGAAGACAUCAGAGUGUUCAUACUGGUGAGAAACCUUACAAAUGUACGGAGUGUGACAAAUCUUUUACUGAGUGCUCAACUCUCAGAGCACAUCAGAAAAUUCACACUGGAGACAAACCUUACAAAUGUAGAGAAUGUAACAAAUCCUUUAUCCAGCGUUCAAAUCUUAGAAUACAUCAGAGAGUUCAUACUGGAGAGAGACCUUACAUAUGUAAUGAUUGUGGCAAAUCUUUUACUAAGUGUUCAACUCUUCAAACACAUCAGAAAAUUCAUACUGGAGAGAAACCUUACAAAUGUAUGGAAUGUGACAAAUCCUUUACCCAGGACUCACAUCUUAGAACACAUCAGAGAGUUCAUACUGGAGAGAGACCUUACAUAUGUAAGGAAUGUGACAAAUCUUUUACUAGGUGCUCAUAUCUUAGAGCCCAUCAGAAAAUUCAUACUGGAGAGAAACCUUACAAAUGCGAAGACUGUGAUGUAUCCUUUAUCCAGAUUUCAAAUCUGAGAAGACAUCAGAGGGUUCAUACUGGAGAAAAACAUAGCAUUGUAACUAUUGUGACAUAGCAUUUAUCUGGUGUUCCCUGCUUACAAAUCACAACAGUAUAAGUAAUAUAAACAUAAAAUAACAAGCUUUUGAAAGGCUUUAAUGUAGAUUAAAUCUUUAAAAUAAAUUAAGUUUAUAUUAACAU